ACUGCGAGAAUCACUCAAUGGCUGACACUUCACUUAUACUAGCCACUGAGUGCUGGGAAAAGCUGAGAGCUCAUUUUCCAUCCUCGUCACGCGAAGAAUCUGUCGCUAAGACAUUUUUCAAACUCCUCUGCUUUAGAGCUGAAGCUGCAGUGGGUCAGGAGCAGCUGGAGACAGCCAUGGAACUUCUCCAACAGGCCAGAGAGAUGCUUCACGCAUUGGAGAGUGAGGCUACCUGGCAAUGCUGUGCUACAAUCUUGGACUGGAUCUGUACCAGAAGACCUCUUACCAACACAGCGUCACCCUUCUCAAAGAGAGCUAUGAAAUAGGCAGAGGGUGUCCCACAGUUGGAGCUGUCAAACAGGCGAGAACGCUGCGACUGAUGGCUAAUGCCUAUCUGGAGUGGGACGGCCAGACUUACUGGCAGAAGGCUCUCAAUGCAGUCGGACUGGCGAAUUCAGAACACAGUCAUCCUGCUGGGCUGCUGUUGAAGACAAACAUUCUCCUCCAACAUAACGAACGACGGGCAAUCUGGCAGACUGGAGGUGACACUGCUAGAGACACUGCGACACCCCGACAUCACGGUUACCAUGGCACUGGCCACGGUGCGUCGGUGCAU